UUCUAUUUUGUCUUGAUUGUGCAUCUUGUAUAAGAAGUGAAGACUUAUUGCAUAUAUGGCGUUAUAUCUUUCCUUUAUGGGCUAUAUUCCUGAUUUGUAUCCAAGGGAUAGUUUUGUCAGGUUUCCUGGCUGAGGAUUGAACUCAUGAUACAUUUAUGUAAAGAAUUGAAAAAACUAUACUGUAAGAAUUGGUAUGCGCCAUCUUUUUUCCGAGAAACGAGUGUUACUUUUCUAAGACAGCGUCGUCACUCACAUGACACUUUCAUCAGGUGUCAUGUGAACUGGAUACAGGUCAGUAAGUCAACAGUUUGUCCACAUCCAGAUGAUGUAAUGUAAUGGGCUAGUGAAAAGUGUUUUCAAUUGACGUUUACCUAGUCGCUGCAGAGCAAAGAAUUGCUCUGGUUUUAUUCGUUUUCUUCAUUGCUUUUUUUUUUUUUACGACAAACAAUGCACAGAAAUCGCGACGACAGAUUAAACGAGCUGGAAGAUGCUGGUACGGUUACUGUUUCUAGCCGCUAUGGUGGAUCAUCAUUCACAGACAUCUGGGACAGUACAAACAUUGAGAUCAGGGACCAAAGUGCUCUUCAAGAAGACAACAGCAGCUCAACAGCCAGCCUUUUGCUCAAAUGUAAACGUCAGGUUAUCUACCCUUAUCUCUAUAUUCUAUGCUUGGUUGCUUGGCGACCAUUUGGCUCUCGCUCAAUGGCUUAUCGUCAAAGAUGUUCCUUCUGGAAAGUGGUUAACAUUUUCUACACAUUUUUGUUUUUUUGUUUGAUCAUCUUUACCUAUGCCUCACAUCUUAUAUCCUGCAACCUUGGGCUAGAUGUCAAUAACAACACUUUCUCUCUGGACCUAAACAGAAUAAAUAAGAAUCUUAUGGUUCAAAGUGGUGUUACUUCCCAAACUAUAGGGAAGAACAUUAGCUCUUCAGUUUUUCCUUCAGUUACCAAUGUUUUUACUCAGGCAACUUCAGAGUCAGGUGAUUGGAAACCAGCUGCUUUCAAAAAAUGUAAACAUUUACUAACAGAGUAUGUGAUGCCACAUCUCCUCCACUUCAUGGCAGUUUUGACUGGGUUUUACUUGUUUAGAAUUCAAGACAACGAGGACCUCAGUGCUUUGGUAGAAAAGGUUUUUUUGCUUAGUUCCAUUCCUAGGAAGAUUGUUUCAAGGUUAAGAAUUUUUUUCUUGAGCUUGGUGAUGUUGGCAAUUGCUGAUAGUGCCGUUGAAAUGUUGUUUCUUGGUGUCUCUAAUUUAGCCUCAGUGACAGGAUUCAGUCUCCAUUCAAGUGGCCAGUGGAUAGCAGUUUCACUCAUUGUACUUGGCUUUUUUGUGGAGGCCUUUGUUUCCAUAGUGACACUCAUGAGUUACUGUGCUCAGUGUGAAUUGUUGACCUUUUAUCUCCGCGAGAUUUGUCAGAGAAUGGAGGAAAAAACCAAAGAUCUCUCUGCUUUAAUGAAAGACGUAAUGGAUGUAAAGAAAAACCUCAACAAUAUGAAUGGAAAAAUAUCCAUAAUUGCAAGUCUAAUUGUGCUCUGCUACCUUAAAAUUACUGUGGCAGAGGUGAUCAACAUGAUGACCUGCAUUAGGAAUGACAAACAAAGUGCCAUUACGUUCCUUUACAGAUUGUUAGCUCCAAACUUGUCCUUCUCUUUUAUAAUGAUUCCCUUUAUAGUGGCUGCUCGCUUUAGUGCAGUGGCACAGAAGUUUAAACAGCAAAGCCUGAAUGUCAGAGUGUUUGGAUAUCCUUCAGCCACACAGCUGGACCAGGACUCUUUCAUUUUGUUCACCCAAGGUGUAGAAAUGAAGGCCAAACUGAUGUUGAUGCCAAUUCAUGGCUCGUAUGUGUCUGCUACUGUGAUACUGAUCAUGUUUGGGCUCCUGGUAUUGAUCCAAUCGCAUAUCAUACCUACUAAUACUAGAUACCUUUGAGAAGUGGACAUAAGCUGUUAUUUUCUGCCACCCUUAGUAACCUCCCAAGGGAACUAAUAGGGUUCAAUGAAAUACUUACAGGUUUAAAAGAGAAUGAAAAUUGAGGAGCUGCAGUGAAAUGGUUGAAUAUUGUUUCCA